AGGCGAAGAGUGGGUUGGGACAAAGCUCGGGUCUCCCUGUUGCGAUGGCAGUUGGUGCAUUUAAUAGCAGGUGGCCGUUCCUGCCUCACUGCGGUGAAAUUGUACCAUCAGCGGUGGUCACCGUGAUUAUAACUUAGAUCUCAAAAUAACGUAGCUGCGGGCGGAGGGUUUGCGAUGUUUAAGGCCGUGCAUCCCCCUCCCGCCCAGCCCGUGUCCCUUGCCCGCGUGGGCCGGAGAAAGCUCUCUGGCGGUGGCCCCGUUUCCCUGGUGCUAAUCGUCCUUGAACGGGAGACAAGCGCGCUCUCUGGGGUGUCACUUGUCGCCAGCCGGUCUCCCUCUGCCCCGCACCUGUUUCCGAUCUGUCACCCGGGCCAUCAUAUUUUUCCUCUUAAAGAGGCAGAUUGGCCAUUGAUGGUGUGACUGGAACCCUCACCGCAGGGUCCUGCAGACCCCGCUGCUCGGCACCGCCUCCCACCCGGAGCAGAGUUCUGCCUGGAAACGAGCUCGCGCCGGGUCAGGGCGGGAAGGCCAAGAUGGACUUGUCACUCAGAAGAAAAGGUGUCUGGAUCGCAGGUGGCCUGUGCCUUCUCUCGUCUCCCGUCCUCUGGCGUGUGCUCCGGUCCGUGAUGACCCGGGGAGGUCACCGACAGGCGCCUGCUCUUGAGGACACCCAGGCUAAGGAGCAAGUGUGGUCACUCCCUGGCCUGAAGGACUCAGCGCCUGCCACCGACGAAAGGACAGCAGCCCCCGCAGCCGAUGCCCCGGCACCGCCCGCGCCCUUCGACCACCGCAUCGUGACAGCCAGGCAGGCCGCGGUCAACAGCUUCUACACCGUGAGCAGGACCGAGAUCUUAGGAGGCGGGCGCUUUGGCCAAGUUCACAAGUGUGAGGAGAAGGCCACGGGCCUGAAGCUGGCGGCCAAGAUAAUCAAGACCAGGGGCGUGAAGGACAAGGACGACGUGAGGAACGAGAUCAGCGUCAUGAACCAGCUGGACCAUGUGAACCUCAUCCAGCUCUACGACGCCUUCGAGUCUAAGAACGACAUCGUCCUGGUCAUGGAGUACGUGGACGGAGGCGAGCUCUUCGACCGCAUCAUCGACGACAACUGCAGCCUGACGGAGUUCGACACCAUCCUGUUCAUCAGGCAGAUAUGCGAGGGGAUAAGACACAUGCACCAGAUGUACAUCCUGCAUUUGGACCUGAAGCCUGAGAACAUCCUGUGUGUGAAUCGGGACACUAAACAAAUAAAAAUUAUUGACUUUGGAUUGGCCAGAAGGUACAAACCCAGAGAGAAGCUGAAGGUGAACUUUGGAACUCCUGAAUUCCUCGCCCCUGAAGUUGUGAACUACGAUUUUGUCUCCUUCCCCACUGACAUGUGGAGUGUGGGCGUCAUCACCUACAUGCUACUCAGCGGCUUGUCCCCCUUCCUGGGCGACGACGAUGCUGAGACCCUGAACAACAUCCUGGCCUGCAGGUGGGACCUGGAGGACCAAGAGUUCCAGGACGUCUCGGAGGAGGCCCGGGAGUUCAUCUCCAAGCUUCUUAUUAAGGAGAAGAGCUGGAGAAUCAGUGCGAGUGAGGCUCUCAAGCACCCCUGGCUGUCGGAUCACAAGCUCCACUCCAGGCUCCGCACGCAGAAGAGGAAGAAUUGCUGCUCUGAUGCCCAGGACCUGGUGACCAAAUAGUGUCCGGAAAGCGCCCUCCUGAAAGGAAAACUGCUGCGGUUGCUGCCGCCUUGAGAAGAUUUUUGGAAAAAUCAGCAAUUCUGAUGCCUUGACCCCUAUGGAGACUGGUGGCUCUGGGCCGGGGCGGGGGUGGGGGGUGCGUCACUCUGAGCUCUGAGCACCUCUGCCAAGCUUGGGGGCGGGGGGUGCUGAGAGCGGAAGCCCUGGAGGCAGGCAAGCCUGCACCCCCCUCCUCACACCCUGUGACCGGGCACACCCAAAAAGACGGUUCCCCGCCAUCCUGAGCUUAAAGCUUUCUGUCUUCGUUGCUGGGGCCCGGUGGGUCUCGUCUCUGCUACGUCUCAGACCACUAGAGAGGUCACACUGGAGACUGAGCUGAGGGUUUAAAAUGUGUUGGAGGCAACAGCUAACUAUUAUCUAUAGGGCGGAUAAACAGCAAGGUCCUACUGCACAGCAGAGGGAACUGUAUUCAGCGUCUUGGGACAGACCACUGUGCGUGUGCUCAGUCCUGUCUGACUCUUUGCGACCCCACGGACUGUAACCCACAAGGCUCCUCUGUCCAUGAGAUUCUCCAGGGAACCGUCAUCCACGUGAAUCACGGGCUUCGAGAGGCGGUGCACGGUUCGUCUGCCCAUUCACGGCCUUGAGUAACGCUAACUGUCCCAAGAGCUUCCCUCGACGCGGCCGGAACGAGAAGGGAUGGCUCUGGUGAGUCCUUAGGGGGACAGUGCUGGGCUUCCUGUUGCGCGACCUGGGUAAAGAGGACCAGUGGCCACACCACAUGUCGGCUCUUUGGCUCAGCCCUGCGCAGGGCACCCCCGCUCGGACGUGACCCUGAUUUCCAGCUGGAGGUUCUUCUGUUCCCGAGCUCAUGUGCCGUUUCUUCACAUGUAACAGGGGACCUGAGCCCUGCUGCAGAAACGGGGGUUGUUUCUCCAGGAAGCUGAGACGGUGGAUGCCACGCCCAUCACUUACUUCUUAAGCCUCUCUCACGUUUUCCACUUCCAAAUACCUGUUGUGUUAAGAUCAGCUAUAAUAAUGUCUUUAUUUUUAGCUUAAGUUGCUCUAGGCUCCAGCUGCCUCGAUAGUGAUGAAAGGAACUAAGAACAGCCCCAGGGGCCGCCCAGGCAAGGGGGUUCUGACAGGCGCUGACAGUUCCCCAUCCUCUCUGAUCCCGCCCGAGAGUCCUCCUUGCCUGCCCACGUGCUUCAGGGGCGGGGGAGGUGGAGACAGAAGACAUGGGUAAUUAGUUCAGGCCUCUGGCCAGCUCACCGGUGGUGCAAUAAGACGCGUCUCCUUCUCCUUUGGGCCCGCGCAUUCAUCCAAGGCUGGCUUCUCCUCUUCCUGUUCUGUGAUUCUGCUUCGUGUUUAAUUUAGUUUCCUUAAAACACACACACGCACACAAGGCCCUGUGACUGAAGUGUUAUGUUACCACACUAUCUUUAGCUCCUGGUGUUCAUCGGGUCUGGAAAACCAGGAGGUGGUCCAGGUUUAAUACUCAGUCCACAGAGAGCUGGCAUUGGCUCAACUGCUGAACAGGACACAGGGGUCUGAUCGGAAGCCCCUCGUGGGGGGCGUGUUCUGGCCUGAGUGUGGGUUCUCCUCCGGCCCGCGCGGAGGACCUUCCGUUGGACGUGAGGGUCACCUCGGUCCUGGUCGCCUUCCCUGGUCCCACCGCACGCGGAGGACCCAUCUCAGGCCAAGUGAGCGAGUGCUUGCUUGCCAGAUUCACCCACUGACGACCCCGCAGUCAGCGGGCGUGGGUUUUAGGGUUUAGAAAGGAGACUCGGCUUUGAAAGCGGCUCUCCUCAGACUGCGUAGUUAGAUUUGCACACUUGGCUGGGGCGUGCUGGGGCGGGGUCCGCAGGGUGCCCUCCAGUUUCACGAGAUGAGGGGGUUCCCGUCUCUCGCUCAGCGGUCCCCUCUGUCCACACCCUUGUGCUGCUGCGGGAUGUGGCGAUUCUGAUGGGAAAUGGGCUUCGCACGUCGGAGGAAUCAAACCACAGGCGAGUGUGAACCCAGAACGGAGUCUGGCGGGACCGGGGUCCUCGUGAUCCCUUUCCCCUAGAAGUCACCAGGAGCCAGAGGCUGUGUGGGCUUCUGCAUUCUCUCGGUGGAUGUGGUGGCCUUGCUCACUCCUUUAGGCCAUCACUGUUCCUCCAACAAAUGGAGGAAAUUAAGUGCCGGGUGGUGGGGCCUGUCCCACAGCCUGGGGAGAAAGAAACUGUCAGGGGAAAAGGAAUCGACAGGGACCCAGAAUCUGCUGCUGCUUAAAAACCCGGGAGAAAAGGGUCACCUUGUUCAUGACAUAAAAGCCCCCAGCACGGACUCCCACCUGGAUUAACCGUGGAAACCAUUUCCGGGUUGAGGUGGGCUGACUCCUGUCUUUGGGCACUGUAGAGUUGCCUGGAGUCACUUUCUGUCUGACUUGACAUUUUUUUUGCUUUCUUUCCUCAAAGAUGCAAAUAGGCGUGAUGAUCUGUCUCGCGAGGCAGACUCUGAUGUGAUGUGGCCUCAGAUCUGUGAGAACCAACGUUUUCACCAUCUUUAUGGAAAUUAGCACAGCAGCACUUUGUCCUUGUUUUAGAACCAAAUAUGGAUUUUCUACGAGCGAAAUGAGCAAGGCUCUCCUUUAAUUCCUUUUCUGUCCUUCUGUUCCCACGACCCCGACUCCAGCCUCUGGGCUGUGGGAGGGCCAAUAUUAGACUUGCGCUUGUUCGGUCUGGACUCCAGGCCAGCUGAGGGGCCUCCUUUGGAAACUGAUCUGUGAGCUCGUAACUAGGGCAGGGCGGGAUUGAGCUCAGCUCUCUCCGCUGGAGGUUCCGUCCUGGGUUCAGGCCGUUCUUCUGUACCCUUCUCAAAUCGGCCACGAUGCCCUCCUUUGCUUUUGCUUCAUCUUUUAAAAUAUUUUGCCUCUUUCUCUUUUUCUUAAGUUAGAAUCAAAGUCCGGCUUCUUAUCUAUCACCAUGUUCCCCUAGAGCUUCUCUGAGAUGAAAAUUACGUUUGCAAAAUGCGAGUUGCUUUCUGUCCUAAAGGACUGAGACGCUGCACUGAGUGGGCGGGACUUCCUGGGCUAGGACGACUUCCGGGCCUUGGCUGAAACUCACAGCUUCUCAGCUUAGAGGGUCAGUGCAUUUCUCCUCCCAGCUCCGAUCCAGGCAGGUGCGUCGUCCCUGGUGGUCUUCCUGUGGGCAGCUUCACCUUCCGUGAAGGCUUCUCACUCCCCUGCUGCUGCCCACUCGAAGGGGCAGAAGAGUCCUGCUUGCACGUUCUGUAGUUAUCCCGACGGAUAGAUGCCGGUGAGCCCUCUGGACGAAGUUUCUCAGUGCAGACAAGAAAUAAACACGGAGCCCCGAAGCAGUGGCUACAUAUAUCGUGUGUAUUUUCUGUUUCUGGCAUAGUUUCAUUCAGCUGUACUCCUUUUCCUCAUAAAGAUGUGUAACAGUCAUAUGUAUGUAUCAUAUUGAAGAAUAAACCUGGACCUUGUUUAUCCUUUGGUUAACGAG